AUGGUUAGAAAGAAACGAAACUCAAUUGUUAUGUUACAGAAUGACAUAGGUGAAUGGAUUAAUUCUGCUAAGGACAUUGACUCUCAUAUUGUUAAUCAUUUUUGUGACCUCUUUAGUUCCUCUAACUCCGAUGUUCUUGAUAAUGAAAUUAGUUCUCUGUUUCCUCCUUCUAUCACUGCUGACCAUAAUGUUCAGCUUACUAGAGAGGUUGGUAUUGAUGAGAUCAAGAUAAUUAUUCACCAAAUGGAUUCUCUUAAAUCCCCAGGACCAGAUGAACUUCAAGUGUACAUGCAUAUUAGUUUAUGUAAUUUUAGUAUGAAGAUUAUCACUAAGAUUAAAACUAAUAGAGUUAGACCGCUGAUUAGUAAGAUCGUGUCUCAUAAUCAUCAUGCCUUUAUUCCUGGUAGGGAUCUAUUUGAUCCAACAAAUAUUUGCAAUGAUAUCAUCCAGUCUUUUAAAGCUAGAAAAGGCGAGAAAGGGUGGAUGGCCUUAAAAUUGGAUUUUGAUAAGUUUAUCUCUUCUGUAUCUUUUCAAGUUCUCAUUAAUGGGUUUCCUAGUUCUAGUUUCAGACCUUCUAAUGGUCUUAGACAAGGAGAUCCUUUAUCCUCUUUUCAUUUUAUCCUUUGUUUGGAGAGCCUUACUAGACUUAUCAAUGUCAUUUACAAAAAUACCCUUAAUCUUAGAUCUUUGGUGGACAAGUUCUUCUCUUGGAUUGGUCAAAGAAUUAGCAAGUCUACUUUCUUGCUUCUGCCAACUUGGGUAAGAGCUUUACCAGAGGGGUGA